AUGGAACAAAAAUUCAUGGCUAAAUUGCAUAGAAAGGAAGACCGGUUGAAGGAAAUGUCAGCCAAAACAACUAGAAGUCCCCAACAAAGAUCAAUGGUCAAGAGAAUCAAACAAAAGUUAAGAAAACAAGCACAUAAGCCAGAUUUUGAAUACCAACCAAUGACAAAAGCCAAAGAAAAUAUAAGGAACAAGAUAGAAGCUGUUGCUGAUGUACCCAAACCAACAGAGGGUGCUGAUGAAGAAAAAGAGAAGAAGAAUGAAAAGAAAAAAGAAGAAAUCGGAACAGAGAAAGAACCUACAACUGAACUCGAGCCAAAAGAGGGUGCUCAUGAAGCAAAAGAGCAGAGAAAAGAAAAGAUGAAAGAAGAUAUCAGCCAAGAGAAAGAAGGUGUUGUUGAAACCAAGCCAAAAGAGGAUGUUAAUCAAGGGAAAACACAAGUUCAAGUAUUGGAAAGUGAUGAUGAUUUCAAGGAAGAAUCAAUCCAUAACAAGCCACUCACUCUUUCAUGCCGUAAAACAAACAAGGUUAUUGAUGCCUUCGCAGAAAUGAAAUUGACACUCCAACCAUCAAUUGAAGAAUUUGAGAAACAUGAUCUAGCAUUUGCAAGAAAUCCAUACGCAGGAAAAUAUUACGUUUUCUCAACACUUAUCAAUUUUCAUCUGGUUGUUUUUCAUAAUUCUUAA